AUGCCAUUAAUAGUAUUAAGUGGAAUACCAUCAAGUGGUAAAUCUCAAAGAGCUAAAGAUUUAUAUGACCAUUUUACCCAAAUGGGUAAAAAAGUUGUAAUAAUAUCAGAAGAGACAUUAUUAAUAAAUAAAAAUGAAGGUUAUAAAGAUUCAUUAACAGAAAAGAUGACAAGAGGCUCAUUAAAAGCUGCAAUUGAAAGAAAUUUAAAUAAAGAAACUGUUGUCAUUUCCGACUCAUUAAAUUAUAUUAAAGGUUAUAGAUACGAAUUAUUUUGUAUUGCAAGAGCUGCUGGUACAAGAUUAUUAGUUAUCUAUUGUGACACACCAAGAGAUGUUUCAAAACAAUGGAAUUCACAAAGAGAUAGUUCUGUUGCAUUUUCAGAUAAUUUAUUAGAGGAAUUAACAAAUAGAUUUGAAGUUCCAAACCCUAAGAAUAGAUGGGACUCACCACUUUUCACAUUGGAACCACAACAUUCACUUCCAUUUGAUUUAUUAUAUAAAACCCUAUUCGAAGUACAAGAAUUAAAACCAAACUAUGCAACACAACCACAAGCAUUAUCACCAGCAAAUUUUGUACAUGAAUUAGAAUCAAAAACACAAGAGAUUACAAAUGUUAUUCAAGAUGCACUUCAAUCAUCCAUGGUAGGUGAUCGUAUUAAGGUACCAGGUUCAGAAAAAAGAGUUAUCAUUCAUAGUAAAUUAAAUUUAGCAGAAUUAAGAAUCCAAAGAAGACAAUUUUACAAAUUUGCACAAUUACACCCACCACAAACCCAUCAAAUUGCUGAUUCUUUUGUCGACUUUUUAAAUUCAAGUGCAAAUUAA